GCCAGUACCUCAGUCUUACGGAACGCGAUGAGACUCCGGACAGCGGCAGAACACAAGGUGGCGGCGGUAGUGGUGGUGGUGAUGAGCUUGGCGGCGCUAGUGACCUCCGCCCCACCCCCACCACCCCUCGCCACGCCCCGCCCGGACCUGCUCGCCCUCACUCAGGACUACUGGCACUGGAAGACGCAAGAUUACCCACAGUUCGCCACUCAGGUGGGCAUCAACGACAACACCGCCGGUCGCCUGGAUUCGUACAGCAUGCAACACCUACACCAACGGAAGGCCAAGUGCGAGGAGUUCCUGCAGCGGGCCCACGACAUCGACGCCUCCUCGCUCUCGCCGGAGGACUUGAUCACGCUGAAGGUGUUUAAGGAGGAGAUGAUCACCUACAUUCAGAAUUUCCCCUAUAAGAAAUACUUCGCGCCCGUCACGUUCCUAGUGGGGCCGCAGAAUGACUUCAAGAAGAUGGUGGAGAAGCAAAUGGUGCUCGUCUCUUACAACGACUACCAGAAGCUUUUGUCGAGGUACGGCGAGUUUCCCAGGCAGGCGCAGGAGAUCCUUACACUGCUGAGGGAGAACAUUGAGAACGGGAUCAUGCCCUCCAACUGGUCCAUGGUGGGCGUGGUGGACCAGCUGGAUAGUCUGGGCGGCCCCGUGGAGGACUCUGUUUUCUACAAGCCUUUCGUCCUCAUGCCGCGCACCAUCACCACCGAGCAGAGAACCACACUGAGGCAGCAGGCGCAGGAGAGGAUCAAACAAGACCUGCUUCCCUCCUUCAAGAAGAUCCGCGACUUCAUAGUGGACCAGUACCUGCCGGCCACGCGCUCCGAGGUGGCGGCGUCGUCGCUGCCCGGAGGAGAGGAGUACUACCUGGCGUGCCUCAGAUUCUUCACCAGCACCAACCUCACGCCGCAGGAGAUCCACAACCUGGGCCUGACGGAAGUGGCCAGGGUGGAGGAGGAGGUGCAGAAGACGGCUGCUGAAAUCGGAAUGGAAGGCAAGACUUUCUCUGAGAUCGGCGAAGCCCUUAAGACUGACCCGGCACAAAGGUUCGGCAGCAAGAACGACCUCCUAGAGACCUUCAGAAACACCAUCUACAAUGUUAUCUAUCCCCGGGUGCAGGAAAUGUUCCCCAGCCUGCCGCCGAUCAACAUCACAGUUGACGGGGAUGACAACCCACAAGCCAUCUUCGCGAUGUACUCAGGGCCCUCCAUGGACGGCUCGCGUCUCGGCUCCUUCAUCCUCAACACUUACUCCUAUGACGUACGUAAGAAGUACGAAGUGAUGGCUCUCUCCCUUCACGAGACGCUGCCGGGCCACCACCUGUACAGCUCCUACAGACAGAUGAACCCCUCUACACCCAGCUUCCGCAAGUACAUCGACUUCACCUUUUACACCAACGCACCGGCCAGAUUCCCGCUGCACACCGUGUUGAGUGAGGGCUGGGCUCUCUACUCAGAGUUCCUUGGGGAAGAGCUUGGCCUGUACACAGACCCCUACCAGAAGAUGGGCCGCCAUUCGUUUGAGCUGCUGCGCGCCAGUCGUCUGGUGGUGGACACCGGCAUGCACGCGUUGGGCUGGUCCAGGGACAGGGCUGUGGCCUUCCUGCUGGACCACACGGCGCUGUCAGAAGAAAGUAUACAGGGAGAAGUCAACAGGUACAUCACGUGGCCGGGGCAGGCGUGCGCGUACAAGGUGGGGGAGAUCAAGAUCAAGGAACUGCGGCAGAAGGCGCAGAACGCCCUGGGCAGUCUGUUCCGACUGUCGGACUUCCACGACGUGCUGCUGGGCUGCAUCGGGCCGCUCAAGAUCGUGGAGGAGUGUGUCGCGAGCUACAUAGAGCAGACAAACCUGGAGAUAGAAAAGGGGGGAGAGGAGAAAGGGGAGGAGGAGGAAAGUGAAGGUGGAGACAAAGAUGAACACGAGUCCUCAGACCCAAGAGAGCAAGGCGUGGAUAGUGAGAGUGUGGCCAGCGAGGACGCGGCUGGCGGGCGCUCCAGCGUGGCGGGCAGCAGCGUGCUGGUGUUGGUGGCGUGCUGGCUGGCCACGCUGCGCGCCGCGCACUACAGAUAGUGCCGCAAAGCGUGCGGCGCCGCGCAGCGCCACACUGCGCCUCGUGAUGCGUGAGUGUACAGCUGUACAUUGUCGCCUGCCUGUUUGUACAUUAGUACGCUGUGUAGCUUUCUUGUCAUGUCAUAGUCAUAUAUUGUAUAUUUCUUUUCCUCCAGAUGAAUGUAUUUAAAAAGACUUGUGUAGCGGUGGCAUUAUCCUUCAUUAUCACCGAGUGAGUCUAUAUGUGUCCUCAAUGUUGGAGGGAGGCUCUGUGUGAGGCAGUGUGUGAACUGUGGGCGUGUCUAGUGAUGUGGACGCUCCCUGCCAGUCUUGGCCAUUGUGUUUGCUGCGGUGUGUCUUUGUGAACCUCAACCUACGAGUCUGCCUUCUGUGUGUGUGUGUGUGUGUGUGUGUGUGUUCGUCUAUCUUUUCUUCUGUCCGUCUAUCUGUUCGUCUGUCCGUCUGUGUCUGAACGUGUAUGCAUAACUCCCUUUUGGAGUUGAUCAUAGAAUCUGUCAAGCUGAAUAAAGUCCCUUUAUGCAAAACCUG